AUGACAUAUUCUAAGAUCACUGAAGUCAUUGCGACUUUGGUUGUGUGGUUUUCUAUUGUUCAAGGACAAGCCGUCCGGUUCAACAAUCCAGAGGGCGUAGACAUAUGGUGUGGCAAGGCCUAUCGUGCGGCAGAUUCCUCCUUUGAUCCGGGCGGAUGGUUUCCUGAGCCUGCCAUCUCGGAUGUCCCUCUGUUGCGACUCAAAGUACGGCCGCGCCUCAGCAUCUACCUGGAAACCGAUUCAACUGCUAGCCUUCUCAUCGACGCCGCUGUCUCAAAACAGGUCGGAUCACCACUUCCUCUUGGGCUUGGACAAACCUCUUCGAUUUCGUCGCCGAAUCCCUUGGCCAUUGAAAUAUCUCUUGGAAACGAAGUGCUCACAACACUAGAGAUUGCUCUUGAGUCGCGAGACAAUGAGGUGUCUCUCGCAGUAGGUUCCUUGGUCCCCCGUAUGGCGGCCUACAACAUCACAAUCCGCGCAAGGCUAGACUCGACACAUGUCUACGAGGCCUGGACCGAGUUCUCUUACCUGCCUUAUCCGGAAGAUUACGGCAGCGUAGCCCGCAUCGAUAAUCUUUAUGGUGGACUCUUGGCACAGCGAGGAAAGGAAGCACAAUGGGAUGUCAUCUUUGCGUACACUUACUACACACAAUGGACUCUUUAUUGGAACGACAGCGUCGAUACACUCAACGAGUUUGCCGCCAUGGGAUAUAAUGUCAUCCACAUUGUUCCUACAGGAAGCCUCGGUGAGAUCCCAUUCCCUUGGGACGAAUUUGAGCCGUAUCUACAGCGCGCCGAUGAGCUAGGCCUCUAUCUUCGUUAUGACGUCCUAUGGACCUGGCCCAACCUCACAAACAUGAUUGACCAAGUCACUCGUUUGAGAACCCAUCCGUCCAUUCUGCUGUGGUAUCAGAGCGAUGAAGCCGACGGUAAAGCAAACCCCGCCAAUUCGACCGGGCUUGCCUACGAGCAAAUCAAAGCCAUUGACCCUUACCACCCUGUCUCCCUCGCUCUAAACUGCUGGGACUUCCACUACGCGGAGUAUGCCGCUGGCGCUGAUAUUGUCAUGAGUGACGUUUAUCCAGUGGCCAUUAAUGCAACAUUCUCGACGGUCUACGGCACGGAGUGCAAUGCCACAUACGGUUGCUGCGGGUGCGACGAUUGUGAGGGCAAGUUCGAGGACAUAUCGGUACGGCUGGACGAGUUUUAUCGUCGUGAUGAGAUACUAGGAUGGCAAAAGACACAGUGGUUCGCCCCGCAGGCAUUCGGCAACGAGACAUUUUGGGCGCGGUACCCGACGGCGGAUGAGGAGGUCGUGAUGACGCUCUUGUCGGUAAACCACGGUGCGAAGGGCAUCGUUAUGUGGAAUUACCCGGCUACGGAUGAGUUGGAGAGUGUGACGAGCAGCUUGGCUGGGCUGUUCACGGAUGAGACGGCGGUCGGGUUUUUGCUGGGAACCAAGAGAACGCAGGAUCUUGUGGUCGAGGGGGCUAACAGGGUCGACGCCGCCGUGUGGGUGGACAGCAAAAAAGGGCAGGCUUUGAUCAGUGUUGUGAGCCUCGGCUAUGAGGGGAUCCAGGGAGAGAUUAGAGUCGUACUUCCGAAGAGUGUCGAGGUUGACAAAGUCGUCAAGGUUCUUUGGGGGAACGUUGUUUGGAAGCUGGGUGACGAUGGCUUGGUCGCAACGGAAGGAUUGCUCGGACUUCAGACUUCUGUCAUGGUCGUUGAUCUAUUGUGA